AUGUCUGAGCGCUGCAGUGGCUUCCCUGGUUCUUUGUUUGCCACUGAUCUGGCGGUGCGGUUUCAAUGUGAAACGACGGCCAACGAGGUUUCAGACGAGGACGACGCUUUGUUAACGUCUGACUCGUCACCGGACAACGACGAGACUGAGAACGAGGAAGAUCUUCCCGGAAGCGAACACAGCGAUGACGCUACUCUUUUACCAGACGAAGCUGCUACGCUCAACGAGGAAGAUCUUCCCGUUCACGUUGACAGCGAUGACGACACUCUCCCUCCUUCACCUCAACAGCAUUCUUUGCCACCUCCUUCAUCUCCGUCUCACUCUACUACACCACCUCCAGUUCUACUACCUUCCAGCCCAUCUUUUGUUUCGUCGUCAUCAUUGUCAACCUCAAGGUCUCGUCGUUGUCCUCGUCAGCCUCGUCAGCCACGUCAACGGCUAAGGAUAGCCACUCGUCGGCCUCAACGACAGUUGCAACAGCAGCAGUCGUCUGAUUCCGAGCCUGAGCCAGCCGAACACCUUGAUCGCCGCUCCGAACCACUGAACGUCCAGGAGUUGUCUGAAUAUCCACCUAUUGAUACAUAUCAAUUGAAUCUACCACCGUUUCAACCAUUCAGGCAACCUGGAUUCUACCCUCCUCCAACAUAUCCAACUGACGCCCUUGGAGUCUUCAAACUGUUCUUCACCGAUGAUAUGCUGGAGACUAUCAGAAUAAACAGCAAUAUCAACGGUGAAGACAGUUGCAAAAAGACUUAUCGUGGAAGAUCAGAAGGGCGCCGAGGAGAGGGGAGUUUUCGUUCAGUGACGCUUGCGGAGAUGAACUCAUUCAUAGGGCUCAUAAUAUACAUGGGAAUUGUAAAGGUUCCCGAGCUCUGUGAAUACUGGUCCACAACCUUUCCAUUCCACGGAUUGUGGGCCAGACGGUUCAUGUCACGCAAUCGUUUUGUCGCUAUAAUGUCGGUCCUGCAGAUGGAGAAUCCUCGCACUGACAAGGACCGAGGGACUGACCCAUUGAGAAAAGUCAGAGGCCUCGUUGAGGCCAUGCGCUUCAACUGCAUGAAAUAUGGUCAGCCCCAUGCCCGUGUCUCACUUGACGAGCGAAUGGUUAAAGCCAAAGGUCGCUUUGGCUUUAGGCAAUACAUAAAGAACAAACCCGUCAAGUGGGGAGUGAAGUUGUAUUGUGUAUGCGAUUCAAUCUCCGGCUACACAUACAACUUCGAGAUAUACACGGGCAAAGAGCGACAAUCAUCGGAUGCGGCGACGACAGCAGCAACAGCAGUAGCAACAUCGGCUGGCUCGGCUCGGAAACGACGGAAGACGACACGUCAACCAGCGGAUGACACAAGUGUGAUCCAUCGUACGGUCAUGCGUAUGAUGGAUCCUCUCCUUGACCAGGGGUACACUGUAUACACAGAUCAAUUCUACACAUCAGGACCUCUGUUCAAGGAGCUUUACAAUCGGGGUACGAUGGCUUGUGGUACAGUCCAGGAAAAUAGGAAGGGUGUUCCUCCAGAAAUGAAAACGCCAAGAGUCUUUGGCAAGUCACCACGUGGUUCAUUUCGCUAUCACCGCGAUGAAGAACUAUUGGUGAUUCAGUGGGUGGACCGAAGCGUGGUGACGGUUAUGAGCACCCUUCAUUCUGGACACCGUUAUACUCCCUGCGACAGAUUUACCAAGGAUCGUGCAAAGUAUGACGGGCACCACAAGAUCACGAUUUCCAGACCUGAGGCUAUUGGUGACUAUAAUGUGCACAUGGGCGGAGUAGACAAAUCGGAUCAGAUGAUCAAAUACUACGAAGUCCUGCACAAGAGCCUCAAGUACUGGAAGAAGAUCUUUCUGCACAUGAUUGACUUGGCCGUAUUCAACAGCUACAUCAUGUUUACUGCCCUUCAAAAACAACAUCCUCAAGAUCCACUUCUCAAGAGGAAAGGGCAGUAUACGCAGAAAGUCUUCAGGUGUGAGCUUAUGCGAGGGUUGGCUGGAAUCGAUAUUAACGAACCUGUACCACGAUAUUGUGAAUCAAACAAAAGGGUGGUACAGAAUAAGAAAUUUUACGCGCAAGGCAUACAGAUAUAA